UAACCCUUAGAAAGCCACGGGCACUAUGCCCAGAGCCUCCAUAGUCCAUAAGAAUUUAUAUGGGGCUAUAAUACUAGGCGUUAAUAUUUUAUCAAUUUCUGCUUAUUUAAGGAGAUACCCGUGGUGUCCAAAGGGUUAUUAAUUAAUCUUCUCUCCAUAGAAAACGGAAUGGAUGACGACCACUUGUAACCACGCCCUGUACGCCAUGAUGGACGUCUUCACGCAGUAUUUCGAUACUCUCAGUCCACUGCUGUUGGACGACGUGUUGGCUCAACUCCUGUGGUGUGUUCAGCAAGACAACGAGCAGCUGGCCAGAUCUGGGACCAACUGUCUGGAGAACCUGUCGCUGGCAGUGGGUCAGACAGUCUCCCCCGACACCUGGGACAAGAUGGUCCAGUGUAUGAGAGACAUCUUCACUGCCUCCAUUCCUCACCAGCUGUUGUCGUGGCAACCAGACGAGAGUCUGCGGCGGUCGUACUCCACGUUGUCGGUCGGGUCCGAGAGGAGUUCAGUCAUCUCCGAGAACCCUUCAACCCUUCCUCCUGAGGUGAGGGAUCUA